UGGUCUUCCUCUUCUUUCUCUCUUGCUACUACUACUACUACUACUGCUACCACCACCACCUUCAUUGGUGUUGUUGGGGGGCCUUCCCUCCACUUCCUCCACCUCCUCCAUCUCCUUACAUGUGGAUAUGCUGUGCCUAGUGCACAACAUAUCGAGAUCACCUUUUGAGGUUGAACGUUUAAGCUUGUUUAGUAAGAGAGAGAGGUACUGCCAGAGGUCAAUGGCCCUUUCUUUUCUGGAAGAGAUCAGGCAAACAAAUUGUGCACAUUCUUUCCUGGCUCCUUCGUUCGCCGCAAACGCAACUGCAACGGCAGACAUACGGGCCCGUGUGACCCAGUAACGUCGCCCACAUAAGGUCUGACACACAUACACACACACACCCACACGGCCCAAUCCUACCUCUUGUUUAAGAGAGAACAACAGACCGACAGUUGCCUCGUGGGACGCAAGAAUUGGACAAAUCAUUUCUGCCUCCUCCUCCUCUCCCCCCUCUCCCUCGUCCUCUUCCUCCUCUUGCACGAUUGGCUUGGUGUAUCCAGCUGGAUCUCAUGGCAUAAAAAGGGUAUUCGAUAGAAUAUACCCCCCCCCCCUUUUUUUUUUCUCUUUCUUCUGCCUCUUGAGUGUCUGCUCCAUAAAGUAGACUCUGUGAAUAUUGGAUAUUCUCGAAACGACUCUUACUACAUCUCCCUGUUCUCUUUGCCUCGACUGAGAGGCAGCCGCUCGUUUUCUCGCAAUGCCAACUACAAUCAGGGAGAUCUUCGCUGCGGCGAUCAAAUCCCUACUGAGGGGCAAGUCGUUCAUCGCCGCCUUGUUAUCUUUCUGGAUUAGUCCCAACGUAUUCAAGACUGCCGGGUCUGAGUCGAUAUCGAACGGUACAACAACAACAACGACUACCUCCUCAACCUCAUCAUCAACAACAGCAGCAAGGCGGAGUGUCGAUGACUUCCUCAAAGAGGUCGAGGCACUGUUCCUGGGACCGAUCGAGGACCCCUCGUUGAGGGAGUUCUCGUCGAAGUUGAAGGUGCAGUUCCGAGAUGGCCUCUUGAACAACCCGGCAUGUAUGUUACCAUCCUACAACCACCAGCUGCCCAGCCGGUCCGAACAUGGCCAGUACCUCGCCCUCGACGUCGGAGGUUCGACACUACGAGUCGCCCUGGUGGAGCUCCUGGGCAAGGAGGCCCAGGGCAGUGGUGCGAGCCGGAUCGUGCGACAGGACUCGUUCAGGAUCGACCGUGACGUCAAGGAUCUCGAGGGCAUGGCCUUUUUCGACUGGGCAGCCCAGAAAGUCGUGAGCACGGUUGCGGAGGCGCUGGACGCCAGGAACACCCCAGAGGAUCCGCUGCUCAUGGGCCUGGCCUGGAGUUUUCCUAUCGAGCAAACUUCUCUCAAAGGCGGGAAACUGCAGAGCAUGGGCAAGGGCUUCAGGGCCUCCAAUGGUCUUCUAGGCCAAGAUCUCGGCGGCAUCAUCAAGUCAGCGUGCCGCUCACGAGGCCUCGCCGUCGAGCUGGCCGCCAUCGUGAACGACUCGACUGCGGCUCUCCUGUCAGAGGCCUAUCUCAACUCCUCAACCCGCUUCAGCCUGAUCCUGGGCACAGGCGUGAACAUCGCCGUGCACUUGCCAGUGGCGACCGUCGGACGGGACAAGUUUGGCGACCGCCCCUCGAGCUGGUUCGACAAGGCCACGCAUGUGAUUGUGAACACCGAGCUGGGCAUGUUUGGCAAGGGCAUCUUGCCCGCGACGCGCUGGGAUAAAGCGCUCAACGCUGCCCACCCGAAGCCCGACUUCCAGCCCCUCGAGCACUUCGUCAGCGGCUGCUACCUUGGCGAGGUGUGCAGGCUGGUGCUGAUCGAGGCUAUCGCUUCGACUGGGGUGUUGGGGGGUGUCGUCCCACCGUCGUUGCUGCUUCCUUACUCUCUUGAUACAGAGACGAUAUCAUUGAUAGAAGGAGAUAAUUCGCCAUCACUAGAACCAUCCCUCGCCUUGUUCAAACUCCGCCAUCCAUCCCCUUCCGAACCUGUAAAGGCAGACAUCCUCUUCAUCCGGAGACUGGCUUCCUCCAUAUCGCGUCGCUCCAGCGCCAUCGUGGCAGCAUGUCUCUUCGCCCUCUGGCAGUUCAAAAACGAGGCCGAAGCAGAAUUUGGCAACAUCAGCGGCAGCAGUAACACUACUGUGACUGCUGCUGCUGUUGCUGCAAAGGAAGAAGAGCGGAGCCUCGACGAUCAUGUGGUCGCCUUCAAUGGCUCUGUGAUUGAGCAAUAUCCGCAAUACCUCGACAACUUGCAAAGCUAUAUUAAUCAUCUCUUCUCCACCACCACCACCACCACCUCCUCCUCCUCCUCCUCCUUUUCUUCGGCCGAAGGAAUCAAGAGUUCUGGGUCCAUUAGCCUCGUGGGUGCUAAAGAGAGUUCGUUGCUAGGUGCAGCGGUCGCUCUGGCCUGCCUGGAGGAAGGCAAGGCGAACUGAGAGAAUUGAUGGACCUGCAUACGGUGUGACGGCCAAAAGUACAUAUAUGCACAUGUUAAUACCGGGCCACCGUUUGGUUGUACAACCAGUAGGGGAAAGCGGCAUAUACAACCCACCUGACAUCGGGAUUCUUCGAGCAUAUGUUUGGACAUAAGGGCGCAACAUUGACAUGAAUUUUUUUAUUUAUAAGCGGGCUAAAUAAUACCUUUAAUAUGCAUUGCUCUUAAAGAAGAAGAUAGCUUGAUAAAUCGUGCUUUGCAUACUUCUUCUGCCUAGGAGAGGAUAUCACAUUUGAUUCCCCACAAACAAAUUUGCCAAUGUCCCGGUGCCCAGUGUCCAUGCUCCCACCCCAAAGAGAGAAGGAAAGAGAAAGAAGAAAAAAUUCAUUCGCAGUAAGAAGUAGAGUAGAAAUCACUUGUACACAUAGACAGGAACCCAUGGUGUUGACGCCUUGUCAUAUAACCAUCACAUCAGCGCAUGCCAUUGUAAGAUUGACACAUGCUCCCAGUCAGCGGACUAACCAACAACAAAAAGGACAUAAGAUCCCUCAGUCUGAAGAAAAAUAUCGCUUUGUCCUGUUGCGAACCUGCUGCGCUUUCAGAUCAGGAGGCACGAUGGUAUGAUGUACGACGUGAGGACGGUAUAUUGCGUCGACCGGAGGCAUCCAGUCAUCCAGACUAAGAGGGAAAUAUUCGUAGAGCUCCUCCUCGUCAUCUUCGGGGUUCUUCUGCUGAUUCAGACCAGCAGCGAGAAUCUUGGAAAAUUGUGGAGAGAUGGAAUCAGAGUUUGAGCGGUUGGGGCUGCGCUCGUCCUCGGAGAGGGACAGGUUGAUAGGCAAACUCGAGGGCGGUGCCGCCGAGCGCUGGAAGGAGUUGCUUCGUGGUGUAGCAGGGUUGGGCGUAACACUGCUGAGUUUUGCUGAGAUAGAUGCAUCUAAUGACCAUGCUGGC